AUGGAGGACAUCUGUCCAGUAUGCCAUAAGUCUGGCAUCGUAUCUCCACUGUGUAGUGUGUCGGUUCCCUCUGGAACGCUUUCCGGAUUAUGUUCCAACCCUUCAUGCAUCUAUCCUUUCGACUCCUAUAGUGGUUUGCUCCACUCACUUGCGGCUGUGGCGCCAGCUGAUGCGAGUCAGGAGCAGAUCUCGUCUAAUUUACAAGGUGGUGCCGUUGGUUCACCCGGAGUGCUUAUGGAAGCGCCGAAUCAAGCUCAGCAUGAGGGACAUCUUGUUACUUCUCAAGCAGGGGGGAUCUUAGAUACAGCACAAUGCCGUCUGGAGGUGAAUGAUACGUCUUUGCCAGUCCCUACGUAUACUAGUGCUCAAAAACCGUGUGCGAUCUUGCCGCGAUAUUUGGCUGAUUCGUUGAAACAAGCUAGUUUACGAUCAUGCGGAUGUACAGCUAGUUCCAGUGAUAGUGGAAUUUCUUCAACGUCGACAUCAUCAAGUCUCAGCUAUCACGAAACCUUGGCCUUGCGCGUUCAACAACGUGCGUCAAGGAGCAGCGAGUCUUCCAGAACACCACGUUGCGUCUCGCUUCUGGAAAAAUAUACCCGUCAAAAUGGUCUUUGA